UCCCCAACCUCAACAAACCAUGAAAAACUCAUCAGAAUCCCAAGACCUUCUCCACCGCCCACCGCCUGAAACAACCACCCUCCCCGCCGGAGCUCUCAGCUUCCUUCUUCAGCCAUUAGAAUGGAUCCGAAUGCUAUGCAGAGAACUGAACACAAGCUUUGUUCUUGGCGUCAUGCUUGUAUAUGGCUUGAGCCAAGGCUUCACUGGUUCUUUCUUCAGAGUGGUUACAGAUUUCUACUGGAAAGAUGUUCAGAAGGUUCAGCCUUCAGCUGUUCAGAUGUACAUAGGUUUCUAUUAUAUUCCAUGGAUUUUAAAGCCUGUGUGGGGGAUUCUCACCGAUAUGUUCCCCGUCAGAGGUUAUCGCCGGCGGCCUUACUUCAUACUUGCAGGUGUUUUGGGCGCAUCGACUGCUCUCACGAUUUCAAUGGAAGGGAAACUAAGCAUCCCAGUAGCUCUCCUCUGCCUCGUCGGAAUGGCGGCCGGAGUCGCCAUUGCCGACGUGACUAUUGAUGCCUGUAUUGCUAAGAACAGUAUUGAGAAGCCGAAUUUGGCUCCUGAUUUGCAGAGCCUAUGCAGCUUUGUUUCUUCUGUUGGUGCUUUGAUUGGUUACUCAUCAAGUGGCAUCCUAGUUCAUCUCUUUGGCUCACAGGGUGCUUUAGGACUUAUGGCUAUUCCUCCUGUGUUUCUUGUUCUUCUAGGCUUUGCUAUCUUUGAGCGGAAGACAAAUCACCCAAGAGAGAACAGGGCGGUGGGGGAGAAGGUAAGAGAGGCAGUAUUUGGUAUGGGAAGAACAAUAAGGUGUCCUGAGGUGUGGAAGCCUUCCUUGUUCAUGUUCCUCUCUAUUGCCCUCAGCCUCAGCACACAUGAAGGCCAGUUCUAUUGGUACACUGAUCCAAAGGCUGGUCCUGCUUUCUCACAGGGAUUUGUUGGCAUUAUUUAUGCCAUAGGAGCAAUUGCUUCCAUUAUUGGUGUCCUAAUCUAUCACAAACUUCUCAAAAACCAUCCAUUCAGAAGCCUAAUCUUCUACUCUCAGCUCCUUUACAGUGCAUCAGGAAUGUUGGAUCUGAUCUUCAUCCUGCGCUGGAACCUCAAACUUGGAAUACCAGAUUAUAUCUUUGUUAUCUUAGAGGAAUGUGUAAGUAGAGUUAUUAGUCGAAUUAGAUGGAUGCCGAUGAUUGUUCUUAGCACCAGACUCUGCCCAGCAGGUAUUGAAGGGACCUUUUUUGCUCUUUUGAUGUGCAUAGAUAGUUUGGGUUCGCUCGGAUCGAAAACCGGAGGCGGAGUUCUGUUGAACCUGUUUCAUGUGACCAGAACUGACUUCAGAAACCUGUGGCUUGUGGUUUUUAUAAGGAAUUUGUUGAGGUUAGUGACAGUGGCGCUUGUUUUUCUUGUGCCUUAUACUACCCAACUGGAUGCUUUGCUUCCUUCAAAGCUUUUGAAUGGAAACAAUGGAAGUGAUGUUGAGAGCCUGAAGCUUGUGUCAAUGAAGCAGGUGGAAGUAGAUGAGACACUAUAGCUGUCUUGUGGCAUAAUUAGCCGGUUAGCCAAGCCAAAAUGGCAUGGAGAGAGGAUAGUCCACUCUCAUUGAAGAUGGGUAAUCAUUAAGCCUAAAUGGCUUAACUAGCUAGUUAACGAACGUGUAAUGAUUUUAUGAUACAAGGCUCUUUCUAGGUAUUUUUAGUGUUUCAAACACACUGCUACAGUUUGUUUUGAGAAUUGAGCAAUAACAUGAAGGAAUAGGUGCUCAUUAUGUGUGACCUACUGAGCUAUACGCUCAUUCCGUUGUUUAUAUGUUUCAAGAAAAGGUAAAAGAUUAGUGGCGUAGUCAGAGAAAGAAUAGUUAUUGUAAAG